AUGGCGGCCUCUCCAAUUGUACGUCGGGCGCUUCUCUAUGUGCCCGGCUCGUCAACGCGCUUCCUCGAAAAGUCACGAGGCGUGGCCGUCGAUACAAUCUGCUACGAUCUAGAAGACUCGGUCACUCCAGGAAAGAAGGCAGAAGCACGCUCAAACCUACAAUCCAUUCUAUCUCGAGAGCGAGUAUCUGGGAUCAGAGAGCAAGCCGUACGCAUAAACUCGGUCGACAGUGGCUACGCCCUCGACGACCUGACCCAAGUCCUCAAAGCACCCAAUCUCGACGCUCUUGUCAUCCCAAAAGUCAACAGUGCCUCCGACCUGCAUUUCGUCACUGAUGUUAUCCGUCACGCCCUUCCUGAUCGACAUGGUCCUGAUGCCAAAUCUCCCAUCCGCUUGAUCGCUUUGAUCGAGUCGGCACGAGCAGUCAUGCAUCUGUCUGCCAUCUGCAAAGCCUCGCCAUACCUGAGUGGUCUCAUCUUUGCUGCAGAGGACUUUGCACUCGAUCUUAGCAUCACGCGUACACCAGACUUGAACGAGUUCUUGUAUGCGCGUUCGGCCAUUGCGACAGCAGCCAGAGCAUUCAAUCUGCCUUCGACAAUAGAUCUGGUCACAACCUCGUUCCGCGGCAACGAGGGCCAGCAGGUACUCAAAGAGGAGAGUGAGGGCGGUAAGAGGAUGGGAUACAAUGGAAAGCAAUGCAUCCAUCCUAGUCAAGUCGACUUGGUCCAGAACAUCUUCAGCCCUAGCCAGGCAGAGGUGGAUUAUGCCGUUAGGGUGGUGAUAGCAGACGGCAAAGCAGAUGCCCAAGGUCGCGGAGCUUGGACGCUGGACGGUAAAAUGAUUGACGUGCCAGUGGUCGGCAAGGCCAAAGCACUGGUCAAGAAGGCAGAGCUCUGUGGAGUCGACGUCGCAUCUGUUAGAGAGAAGUUCAAAGACCAAGAACCAGAGUAA